AUGGAUGAAGGUCAUGAAUGCAGCCCUCAUAUUGGCCCCAGGAAACAAAAGAGACUUCAUUCAGCACAGCCGUCGACACUACCCACAACUCAGACAGAUACGCAGUCACAAGGUCCUGUUAGGUCGACGUCAAACGCUUCUGCCUCUGCCUCUGCCUCUGCUUCUGCCUCUGCUUCUGCCUUUGCUUCUACUACCCCUUUCGAUAUAAUAUCUCAUAGUCGCAGUGUCCGCUCUAAAAGUCAUGCAGAUAACAAUCUCAUGAGGGUUUCCCAUUCUGUUGGAAGUGAUCUGUCUUUUUCAGAACUGAACCAGGCGAAUCUUUUACCGUCUCCAGCCACUGUACAAGCUUUGGCUGACUUCUACUUCAAUGAGCUCUUCCACAUCGUGCCAGUUCUCGACCUGGAUCAACCAGAGCUGCAAACCUCCAUGUUACUUAGACAAUGUCUUUGUUUUGCAGGCAGUUUAAUGCGUCAAUCUACUAGUUCGGCGGAUUGGUCACCAUACGCUUUUUACGGGCGCAUCAAGUCAUUGCUUAAUCUCGAUCGAGAUCCGCAAAACAUUAUCACUGCUCUCAGUAUUCUAAGUUCAUGGCAACCCUCUGAGCCGGAAGCUAUCCUACUUGAUAGUCCGUAUCAAUGGUGCGGUAUGGCCGUGCGCCUGGGAUUGCAGUUGCGAUGGCACGAGGAGGAGACAUAUUCUCGGUUGCAGCAUCCUGGACGGGCACGGAGAAUCUGGUGGUAUCUUUUUGCUAACGAUACCAUGCAGAUGGCCUGUUCAGGUCUACCAGGGACACUUCCGAUUGAGAAAACAUCUGCCAGGUUACCUACUCCAGUCGACUUUACGACUCAAGACACCAGGGCUCAAGUAUUCUGUGCAAUGGUUUCUCUAUGCAGGAUUAUUCGCCAGGUAUUGGAACUCGCUCAGGUUGAUUACACUCCGCCGGAAGAUCUAUAUUCAUGUCUGGAUGACUUGAGAUUGUGGAGGGAAGGCUUAUCGGAUGAAUUGCAACUAUUUGACUUAAACACCAUGGUCAGGAAGAGCUAUUCUCGUAUUGUGGUCGAGAUUCACAUUUACUAUCUAGUCACCAUCAUUCUCACUUGCUUCCUUGGUCGUCGCGACGUGCCUUCUUUAUUCAGAUAUGCCUCUAUGAGCGCCUCUUCGUGCAUCACUCGACUCUAUGAGGAAAUUGAUUGCCAUGAACAUGUUUCAUACCUGGCAACGCUGCACUCUUGGGCUAUUCUUGUCGCGGCGAUUCCUCGGACAUUCAGUGAUGGAGGGCGUUUGAACCCAGAGUGGGCAGAAGAGUCUGAAAUUAUGCACCGGGUAUUGGAGAAGAUGUGUGAAAAGCAUCCCUCAGCAGUUAUGGUACGAAACAAGCUCAAGACAAUGGGCUCGUCAGAGAAAGAAUCCACCGCCCAUUCUGAAGCUGUUUGGGAUCCGAAUUUCACUGUCAACGAGCGAUCACUCUCUAUGCGUUCCUUGUUCCAUUUCCCUUCUUCCUUCUGCACUAUGCUUGGCUUCUUGGACUCGAACGAGAAACAUGUCAGUCCUCAGGAUAGCACUUUUGAUUUUCCCCCGGAUUGGCCUGUUGAAUGGUCAUCCUUUUUAUAUGAUGGUCAAAUAGAUCUAUCAUUCCUGGAGCCUUGA